AUCGCGAAUAAAUUUCCAAACAGCCAGCGACGACGAGAUACGAGCUCGCCAGACAACACAUUGGGCAUUGUCCAUGAUCCCCACGCUCUCUCUGUGGUCUUCCCCAUGUUCUCGCGCAGCCAGCCCUGUCUGAGAAGCCGUAGGAUCUCUGCCGCCUUGGACAGUGUCGCUGUUGCUUCCAAUGAGCCGCCUCUUCUCUUCCUGUACCCCCGUUGGUUUACUGCUUCGACGCGAAAUGACCGUCCUGCUGCUUCGAUAAAUACGCAUCGACUUGGUUCAGAUGACAGGCGACCUUCUGCUUCUUUCCUUUCUUCACGGUGUUGUCCCAAAUGUCGCCUGCCUACAGCAACCUCGACCAGACGAUGGCUCUCGUCCGCAGCUCCAUUGUCGAGCCCUGGUGUCGCGCAAGAGGAGUCCAAUGAUACAAAAACGGAGGCAUCCAUUGCGCACGAUGAAGGCCAGGGGAAGGUGUCUUCCACAAUUCUCGACGACGGUCUCAGACAGACAUCCACCACCAACCAUGGAGCGCCGGCCGAUGAUGUCUCGACUCCGAGGGCUGAGCCGAACACUGACUCCGCAACAAGCCCUCCGCCAUCCGCAGUCGAUCUACGUCCUGUGAGCGAACAGACAUCGAGUGAACAGCUUGUUCGCAGAGUCGUCGGGGCUACUGCCAGAGGGAGACGGGCCAGAACGCGGCAAAACUCUACCACAAAGUCUACCGAAAACAGACCGGUUCAUUUUCGGAGACAGAUCUUUGUCAAUCUCGUCAAGAGAUUAUCAGCGACUGAGCGCAAGAAGCUGAGAUACGGACGACAUGUUACCAAAUACGCCACACAACGAAGACAGUGGCGGAAACGGGUCCACUGGACUGACCUUGUGCAACGCCUGGACGACCUCGAACAUGAUACUCGCGUGUGGAGCAAGCAUGUCAGACAUAAGGUCCUUCAUUUACCCGAGGAAACCGUCGCUCUUAUGGGUGGCAUGCUCCGGAUGGAGGAGAAUAUCUGGCAUGUCCCUAUUCACAACGGUUGUCAAAUUCGUGUGCUAGAUCCAGCAGAGAGUGAGGGACUUCAUCGGAAGGUCAUCAUAACAGGUACCAAACGAGUCAUCGAGUUGGUUGAAAGUGGCAUUUUGAAGGCGCAGAUACGCCAGGAGAGGGGUGAUCCUCUGGUGGAGGUCCAAAAACCACUGGUUCCGAUCGUUCCCUCUGUGGAAGCGAUGCGGCGCCGGGGCUUAACUGUUCCACUUAUUCGAGGUGUCUGGGUGAGAGGCGUUGAUAGAACGAGGGCAAAACAGGACGCACUUGAGCCUGUGAGAGCAGAUGAAAUCCCUAAACCUUCACCGUUCACUGUCAAGAAAUUCGCCGAGUACGUUGAGGAUAUUGUCACAUCUGUUGAUCUACAGCCUUUGCAGAAAGAUGCCUAUGACAAUGCAGAAGUCAGCCACGUGGAGAUGGUGGAGAAGAUGCUCGUGGCCCUCUUUUACGAUGAGGCGAACCAGAAGUUUGUCUCAACAGGUGCAGCAAAUAUGGCUCUCGACUAUUUAUGCAAGCAUGAGUUCCUGAGUUCUGCCCGCCGGGUGCUAGCAAAGUGCGAAUCCGUGGCAACAGCAGACACGUACAACAUCUUCUUGCAGUCGGCUGCUGACCGACAAGAUCUCAACGUCUUCCAUUACAUUCUGCACUCCAUGGCUCGGCUGCAUGUGCAACCUAAUGACAAGACCUGGAUUGCUUUCCUCCGAUGUAUCGUGUCACCUAAUAUCAAAGCGAAAGUGAUGCACCACAUGGAGUCAAAAGGACUCUUGGCCCGUUCUGAGACUCUCCGCAGCGCGCUCCAGCUGACGGUCCAUGAUUCUUUAGUUAUGCACCUCGAAAGGGGUGGAAAGGUCUCGGAAUUUAUAGAGAUGCUCAAUCAAUACUAUGGCCCCAAGUGGCAGUCGGCGUUGAUAAUAAACCAGAUGUUCCGACAGUUACUCGCGAAGAAGGAUACUUCCACAAUGCUGCAGCUUGCUGAGAUAUGCGAGGCGCAACGACUACCCGUUGACGGCAUGACUCUGAGACUGAUGAUCACCUUCUUCUCGUCUGAUAUCCAGAAAGCUUUAUGGUUUCUCUUCCGGUACACCAAUCCUUAUCGGCACCGUAUUAACCCCAAGGCGGUGGAAAAAUUGUUUCUUAUUGCAUUCAAGAACAGGAGCCUGAAUGUCUGUCGGGUACUCUGGCGGUAUGCUUGCACCAAAGGAAGCGUUAGCCGCAAGAUGAAAGAUGCCGUUGUGAAAUCCGCCGUACGAAACCAGAUCAAAGAGGACGGUAACCCUAUUACCAACAUGUGGGAGUUCAACUCUGGGAAAGUAAUCAUUGGUCUUGAAUUGGGCCAGGAGCAUGAGAUUGGCCUUCCUGGCGAGAUUAUGGGACUGGUCCCAAGUGGGUUUGAAGAUAGUCCUGCGGCAUCCCUCGUCGGAUACAGGCCUACUGAAUCGGAUCGCCAACGGCAGAAGGACCUCGCGCUUGCUCUCGUUAAACGGGACAUGGAAGCAGGUCCGAUGUACCGCCUUGCUGAACCUCUACGCUUUUUGCUGGAAGCUGCCGCUGUUUUGGAUAAUCAGUGGAAUCACACCCCCCGGCCUCUGUCAUGGUUUCUUCAAAACGCGAUACGCGUGCCGAUCGAGAAGAGGGUCUAUGUCGCCGAAGGCUACAGCAAGUAUUACUCUUGAACUUCACGACUCCGAUAGUUUGCAUAGUUUCCAUGUACUCGCAUUUCUUUUUUUUUUGGUCCUUUGCCAGUAUUGUAUAUGCAUGCAUGCAUCACAUCCGGUUUCACCUUAGCGGGCGUUUUCCAGGGUAUACACGGGUGUACAUUUAACGUACACACAACAUUUUGUCUCUCCUCCGCUUGUACAAUACAUUUCCGAUUGGGGAUCGAGCCAUGUACUCCAUAUAGUAUAUUGUGUGAAUACGAAUAUAUUGAAGACGAGAGA